CUGUGGAAGGCUUUUGGCAGCAAGCUGAAGAAGAUUGUGGAGAGCAAGUACUUCAACCGAGGGAUUAUGAUAGCCAUUCUUAUCAACACGCUGAGCAUGGGCAUCGAGUACCACGAGCAGCCGGACGAGUUGACCAACGCCUUGGAGAUCAGUAACAUCGUCUUCACAAGCAUGUUUGCCCUGGAGAUGCUCCUGAAACUCCUUGCCUUUGGCCUCUUUGGCUACAUCAAGAACCCAUACAACAUCUUUGAUGGGAUCAUAGUUGUCAUCAGUGUCUGGGAGAUCAUUGGCCAAUCGGACGGAGGCCUCUCUGUGCUACGGACUUUCCGGCUGCUCCGGGUGCUCAAGCUGGUGCGUUUCAUGCCUGCCCUUCGUCGCCAGCUGGUGGUCCUGAUGAAGACCAUGGACAAUGUAGCUACUUUCUGCAUGUUGCUUAUGCUCUUCAUCUUUAUCUUCAGCAUUCUUGGCAUGCAUCUUUUUGGAUGCAAGUUCAGCCUGAAAACUGAUACAGGAGAUACAGUUCCAGACAGAAAGAAUUUUGAUUCCUUACUUUGGGCCAUUGUGACCGUUUUUCAGAUCCUCACUCAAGAAGACUGGAAUGUGGUCCUGUAUAAUGGGAUGGCAUCUACAUCCUCAUGGGCAGCACUCUACUUUGUGGCCCUGAUGACCUUUGGCAAUUAUGUACUCUUCAACCUUCUUGUUGCCAUCCUGGUGGAAGGCUUCCAGGCAGAGGGUGAUGCCAAUAGGUCAGACACAGAUGAGGAUAAGACAUCUGCCAACUUCGAUGAUGAUUUUGAGAAGCUGAAAGACCUCCGAGCAACAGAGAUGAAGAUGUACUCACUUGCUGUCACCCCGAAUGGACACCUGGAGGGCAGGGGAAGCAUGCCACCUCCAAUAAUCAUGCGCACUGCUGCUACACCAAUGCCCACACCAAAGUGUUCCCCACACAUGGAUUCAGUGCACACUUUUGUGGACUCAAGGAGAGGGAGUAACGCUUCUCUGGACCCCUUGAGCUAUGAUCAGAAGUCCUUGUCCAGCCUCCGCAGUUCCCCUUGUGCCAACUGGGGCACCAGCAGCAACUGGGGAAGCCGCCGCUCGAGCUGGAACAGCCUGGGCAGAGCCCCAAGCCUUAAGAAGAAGAACCAGUCAGGAGAAAGGGAGUCCUUGCUGUCUGGGGAGGGAAAGGGCAGCACAGACGAUGACUCCGAUGAUGCCAAGUCCAGCACAGUCAGCAGGCCCUCAUUGCACCGCCGGGCAGAGUCCCUGGACUACCGCAGCUCCCUGGAUUUACCCGAGCUGCUCCAACUGCCCACCAUGCGCCACUCGCUCAGCAUCAGCCCCGUGGCCGUUCUGCCUGCCGAGUACCAAGACUGCAAUGGCAAGAUGGUUCACGUCCCCAGCGAGUUCUUCCUGCGUGUCGAUGGCCACAAGGAAGAUGCUGCAGACUAUGAGGAUGACAUGGAGGAUAGUUACUGCUACCGAAUUCGUAAAGUCCUGGAGCCCUACAAGCCACAGUGGUGCAAGACUCAUGAAGACUGGUCUCUCUACUUGUUUUCACCACAGAAUCGGUUCCGAGUGAUGUGCCAGAAGGUCAUUGCCCACAAAAUGUUUGAUCACGUGGUACUAGUCUUCAUAUUUCUCAACUGCAUCACUAUAGCACUGGAGCGACCAGACAUAGACCCACACAGCACAGAAAGGGUAUUCCUAAGUGUUUCUAAUUACAUCUUCACUGCAAUCUUUGUAGCUGAAAUGAUGGUUAAGGUGGUAGCUCUUGGCUUUUUCUCUGGGGAGAACACCUAUCUGCAGAGCAGCUGGAAUGUCCUGGAUGGAGUCCUGGUCUUUGUGUCUAUCAUUGACAUUAUUGUCUCCAUGGCAUCGGCGGGUGGAGCAAAGAUCCUGGGUGUCCUUCGUGUUUUGAGACUUCUGCGGACCUUGAGACCCCUUCGAGUCAUCAGCAGAGCCCCGGGUCUGAAGCUGGUGGUAGAAACCUUGAUCUCCUCCUUAAGGCCUAUUGGGAAUAUUGUUCUCAUCUGCUGUGCUUUCUUCAUUAUCUUUGGGAUUUUAGGAGUCCAGCUUUUUAAAGGCAAGUUCUACUACUGUGAUGGUCCCGAUGUAAAAAACAUCACUACGAAGACUGACUGCACUAACGCACACUACAGAUGGGUUCGGCGGAAGUACAAUUUUGACAACUUGGGACAGGCCCUCAUGUCCUUGUUUGUCCUUUCCUCCAAAGACGGCUGGGUGAACAUCAUGUACGAUGGUUUGGAUGCUGUGGGUAUUGACCAACAGCCCAUCCAGAACCAUAACCCAUGGAUGCUUCUCUACUUCAUCUCCUUCCUGCUCAUCGUCAGCUUCUUCGUGCUCAACAUGUUUGUGGGGGUGGUGGUGGAGAACUUUCACAAGUGCCGACAGCACCAGGAGGCGGAGGAGGCCCGGCGGCGGGAGGAGAAGCGGCUGAGACGCUUGGAGAAAAAGCGCAGGAAAGCCCAACGCAGGCCUUACUAUGCUGACUAUUCCCCAGCACGGAAGUACAUUCACACCCUCUGCACCAGCCACUAUCUGGACCUCUUCAUCACAUUCAUCAUUGGGGUCAAUGUCAUCACUAUGUCAAUGGAGCACUACAACCAGCCAAAGUCCCUGGAUGAAGCCCUGAAGUACUGCAACUAUGUGUUCACCAUAGUUUUUGUGUUCGAGGCACUUCUGAAGUUGGUGGCGUUUGGUUUUCGGAGGUUCUUUAAGGACAGGUGGAAUCAGCUGGAUUUGGCCAUAGUUCUCUUAUCAAUUGUGGGAAUCACACUGGAGGAAAUUGAGAUGAAUGCUGCACUGCCCAUCAAUCCCACAAUAAUACGCAUCAUGCGGGUGCUGAGAAUAGCAAGAGUGCUGAAACUGCUUAAAAUGGCCACUGGGAUGCGAGCUCUUCUGGACACAGUGGUACAAGCACUUCCCCAGGUAGGGAACCUUGGCCUACUUUUUAUGCUCCUGUUUUUUAUCUAUGCUGCCCUGGGAGUGGAAUUGUUUGGCAAGCUAGACUGCAGUGAAGAAAAUCCUUGUGAAGGUCUGAGCCGGCAUGCGACUUUCACCAACUUCGGCAUGGCCUUCCUCACCCUCUUCAGGGUGUCCACAGGGGACAACUGGAAUGGUAUCAUGAAGGACACUCUACGGGAAUGCACUCGGGAAGACAAGCACUGCCUCAGUUACCUGCCUGUUAUCUCUCCUGUCUACUUUGUCACCUUCGUCCUCAUCGCACAGUUCGUCCUGGUUAACGUGGUGGUGGCAGUGCUGAUGAAGCACUUAGAGGAGAGCAACAAGGAGGCCAAGGAGGAUGCUGAGAUGGAUGCUGAGAUCGAGUUGGAGAUGUCCAGAGGAACAACCACCUUGGCCACCGGUGGGAGCAGGGGAGGAGCAGUGGCCCCGGAGAGCAGGGCACCCUACAGAAGUCAGGAGGCUGUGAAGUCAGAGUCAGCGGUGCAGGUGAAGCACCAAACCCUGGCCUGCGCAGCCUCUCUGGGGCCACAGGACUCGCAGAACCUGCUGACAGUCCGCAAGAUCUCUGUGUCCCGGAUGCACUCCUUGCCCAACGACAGCUACAUGUUCCGGCCCGUGAUGCCAGCCAAAGCCCCUUUCCCCCUGCACGAGGUGGAGAUGGAAACGUAUCCCUGCAAAUCCCAAAGAGGGUCCAUCACCUCCAUCCGCUCCCAGCCCGUGGGAACCUGUUCCUCUCUGCGAGUCCCAACAGAGUCCCUGCAGCUGGCAGUCCACUCCCCCAGCCACGACGGCCGUCACCGCUGGAAGAUCCUUCCCCCCCACGUCACACCCCGGUCUCCUACACUCAACAAGCUGCUGUGCAGACAGGAGGCCAUUCGAAGGGACUCAGUGGACGGGCAGGCGGCAGGCCGCAAGGACAGCCUCCCAGCAGAGCCUGGAGACACGCUAGCACCGGCAAAGCAGCCCCAGAGCACCUUUCCCCCCAGCCAGCUCCGUCCCGCAGCCGCCUCCCUGCCGGGCUCCCCGCCAGGCUCCCCGCACCGGCACCCCGCCGCGCUGGUGCGGAAGCACAGCUGCAGCCAGCAUGGGGGCCGCAGCCAGCCACCCAGCCCCGGCAGCAGCCCUCACCACCCCGAGGGCUGCCUCUUCGAGUCCUCCGACCUGGCUGAUGAGGAGGUUUGCCACAUCAACAGCUCGGCCAAAGACUGGGCAGGGGAGCACUCGGACACCGGGAGCCGCUCGACCUCACCGUUCGUCUCCCCGGCCCCGUCUCCUGCGCCCCUCAAGAACUGCAGCACGAGCAGCCUCUCCAGGGGCAGCAGCAAGGAGAAGGACUUGAAGAAAUUUUACAGCAUCGAUACGAAGGGCUUCCUCAACAAGCCCAGCUGGGCAGACGACCAAAGGCGGCACUCCAUCGAGAUCUGCCCCUCCGUCAGCGACGGGGACUGCGGCUUUGAGGACCCUGCCGAGGAGAAGCAGCGGUCUCCCGCCCGAAUCCAGAUGGAGUCCGAGUACAUCCACGGAGCCCGGAGGAAGAAGAAGAUGAGCCCGCCCUGCAUUUCUAUAGAUCCUCCCAUGGAGGACGACAGCGGGGCGGCCUCGCGCACCAAAGCCUCAGAGAACAGCAUGCUGCGGCGAAGGACCCCGUCCUGCGAGUUCCCGGCCUACAGAGAGCCCCUGGAGCUGGCCGAGAGCCAGCCCGGGGAGACGGCCUCCAAAGCGGAGCGCCGGGGGCAGCCCCCGUGCCACGGGGAGCACCUCACCAUCCCCAACUUCUCCUUCGAGCAGUUGGAGGGCAGCUCCCUGAGCAGCCUCUCGGAUCUCCUCCUGGACAGUGGUCAGUCCACGCCGGCCUCCGUGGACUCCCGGCCGGACCCCGAACUGAAAAGCCCGGAUCACUCAAAGACUCAGCGGAGCAACGCCGAGAGAAGCAAAGAGCUCCUGGGCACAGCUAAGGGCCCCCUCCGGAAGCAGGACUUGGUCCCCGUGACUGUUGCGACAGAAGAAGACAUCGAUGACCCCGUAUAGCUUUCUGGGAGGGGGGAGCGGGGGGUGGUCUCAAGGGCUUGACACCAAUGUGGGGUUUCCAACCCGAAGGGACUGAGCGGCCGCAGGUCCGUGGGUGGCCGCUCGCUCGCUCGGGGUCGGGGUUUUUUUCCUUUCACUUGUUCUGAAGCGCUGUGGAGGUUUGCAAAGAAACCCCCAAACACAACACAACGAAACACAGGCGAUGAAAGGAAACAAAAAUCAUCAGACAGAAACCAAACAAAUGGCUGGACGAAGCGGUGGCGGGUUUGGGGUCGGGAGGAGCGGGUUGGCAAAGCGGUUCGGGGGCUUCUUUUCUAAAGGGAAGGUGGAGCCGAUGCAGGGGGCCGCAUCGCUCCCCCCGCCCCACCCCGCGGCCUCGAUCACAUUGAUUCGGGCUGGAGGAGGCGGCGGUUGGGAUUUAGGGGAUUCUCCUCGGGUUUUGUUGUUGGUUUGGGUUUGUUUUCUGUUUUUUAAAGAUGCUCAACUUUUAACAAGGCACCUUUUUGAGACGUCACAUGAGGCGGGAGUGCCCAGGAGCUGGGGGCUGUACAUUGUCUGUAUAUCAGCAGUUCUAUACAUAGAAACAACGUAUUUGUGAGAUACAAAACAAGGAACAAAAAAAAGACAAAAAAAAAAAAAAAGAGAAAAUACCCACGAGAAUUCUCUCUUCAUAAUGCACAUAUUUUUAUAGAGAAAUGACACUCCUUUUUGCAUUACGUGUGACUCCGCAGCUGGGUGGUGUUGCCUCGGGUUUUACGUGGAACUAAUUACUCUUACUACGGCCGUUUGUUUUCCAAACGUUUCUCUCCUCGCUUUAGUUUCCCUCCUUCCCCUUCCCUCCGCCACCACCAUCAUCCCACCGGCUUCUUUUCGCAGCUGACACUUCAUAGACGUCUCGCUCGGUUUUCCUUUUGUCCUUUAGAGGUUGUCCUAACUACAGCAAAAGAAAGAAACCAAAUCACUACUGAACUGUAGCCAGUGCAAUAAUAAGUAAGUUAUUCAUUCUUCUCGUCCGUGCGACUGUCCUGUUGCUUGCGGUUGUGGCUGGGAUUCCGUUUCCUCUUUUUGAACUGAAAUUCAGGUUAAAUGUCGCAAUAAUCUGAACUAACGUGCACAAACUCGGUUUCUUGUGUGGAAAAACAGACAAAAAAAAUACGAAAAACAAAGGGAAAAAGUGAAAUUUACAGAGAGAUUAAAAAAAGAAACGAAACAAAUAAAUAGUAAAUUAUUUAAGAAAUGUAUUUUGUUUACUGCAGUUUGAAGUAAGUUAUUGACACAGCGUGUAAAGGUUAUGGAGCCAUCUGAGGUGAUGUUCUCUGUGAGCAUUUAAGCUGACGACUUCUCGCCCUGGUUGGGGCAGAGGCCCUCGAGGCCCCGGGCUGGCCGGAGCCGUCCGUUUGCACUCUUUCCGUCGGUCUUCCCUCCGCGUUGGCCUCCCAGGGCCCGUCCUGGCCAGCUCCGGCCGAGAAGCCUCUAGAGGAAUCCAGGUCACCUGUCAACACCACUGCUUCGGGUUGGGGCUUUUUUGUUUGUUUGCAGUUUUGGGGUUGAUUUUGUCUUUUUGUAGCCUCUGGUCCCUGCCCCCUUUCCUUCCCCCUCCAUCCAGGCCCUCUCCCCGUGGAAAGCUGAUGUUGGAGAAGCGCGGCGCUGAGGCCGUCGCGAGGACGCGCCGUCGGCCCGAGCACCCAGGAAAAGACCUGCAGGGGAAAAAGAGAGAAAUCAGUUAAACCCAUCGGUUCUGUUCGGUUCGUUCCAUGCCGCCUCAUAUUUAUGCAUUCACAUAUAUCUUCUGUUAUU